UUUUUUCUGCUUAUCUAAGAAGAACUCCAACAUAUAUUUCGUCGAACAGCGGCAGAGCAGCGUGCGGGUCUUUCUGUCCUGUCUCUCUCUUCUCUGUUCCAUCCGCGAAAUGUCCGCAACCGGAAACCACCUGCUCCGCCUGGUGCUGUCGUGCCGCAAGAUCACCGCCCAGGUCACCGACUCCGCCACCUCCUCCAUCGUCGCCAUGGCCUCCUCCUCCGAGCACGAGUUCCUCGCCCACAGCCGCGCCAAGCUCGACCGCUUCCCCCGCACCCGCCACGGCCUCUGGGACGCCCGCGUCGCCUCCCGCGUCGGCGAGAAGCUCGGCUUCCGCCUCGUCGGGAUCGGCGUCGGCAGCGUCCAGAUCGACCUCGACGAGGAGCUCGCCCGCCCGAUCCGGCACCGCCGGAUGGUGCUGCCCCUCUUCGACUCGGUGCGCCGCGCCGGGGUCAGCGUCGGCGGGGCCGAGAAAUUGGGAGGGAUUGGGCUCGCGACGCGCGAGUCGGGCGUCGCGUGAGUGUAUAGAAAAGAGGGCUUCGGUCGAGAGCCGGCCGCCUGCUUGUUGCGGGUGAGUUGUAAGUGUAACCGGCGAACGAGUUUUGAUUAUGUGUUGCCGAAAUUGGCCAUCAUUUGUAAUUCCUUUUUGGCGAUGGAAGAAUAAUGAAGACGAUAGAUUCUGAAAGUUCCAUGUUUCAUGCUUGGCAUUUGAGUUUUACUUGCCGAGUUCUGUAGCACGAGUAGGUUGCAGUUAAAGCCUCAAGGUGUCUUUUUUUUCUUGGAGUGAUUGGAUGGUUUCAGUUCAGCAGCUAGAUAAGUAUAACAGCAAAUUAUAACUAGAAAGAAAUUAGAAAGGGGUGAUGCUGGGCAGGCCAGUGAACGUGACGCAUGACCAUUACACUGAAUUUGGUGGAAGGGAAAAGGAGGAGGAUAGAGAAUGGCAAAGAUAGUCAGCACUCUUGAACUUGCAUGCAAUCACACUGAAGAAGCACUGGCUCUCAAGCAUUCCUGUUACAGAGGGUUGUUUAGCAGGAUUUUUUUUUUUUUUUUGGAUUGUUUUGAUGUGCUGGAAAAAUGUGGCGGCUGUCCAUUUUGAAGCCACAGUUUAUCCAAGGGGAACUUGGUCUGCAUCUCUUUCUUCUUGAGAUAUGCUUGAUUGAAACCGGAGUUAGUGAGGCGCGUGAGCUUGGAAGAUUCGAUUCUUGCUCUCUUGUUCAUAAAAGUCUCCACCUCCUAAUGGCCGUGUCUAGGUGUUUUAAGACUCUUCUCUGGUAGUGGAUGUCCUUUAAGUUGAUGCUGAGCAAAUACUUUGUCAAUUGUUCAUAGACGAGGGGUAUCUCACUUCUCGUCCACUUCAUGUAUGCUUUUAAUAAUGCUAGUGCCCCGAUGAUAAUAAUGUUCUUUGUAUA